AUGCAGGAUCCAAAUGAAGAUACAGAAUGGAAUGAAAUUUUAAGAGAUUUUGGCAUUCUUCCUCCAAAAGAAGAGCCAAAAGAUGAAAUUGAAGAAAUGGUUUUACGUUUGCAGAAAGAAGCAAUGGUUAAACCGUAUGAAAAGAUGACUCUUGCACAGUUGAAGGAGGCUGAAGAUGAAUUUGAUGAUGAAGAUAUGAGAGCUAUUGAAACAUAUAGAGAAAAGCGGUUACAGGAAUGGAAAGCUCUUAAGAAAAAACAAAAAUUUGGAGAGUUAAUAGAAAUUUCUGGAAAUCAAUAUGUGAAUGAAGUCACAAAUGCAGACAAAGAUGUAUGGGUUAUAAUUCAUCUAUACAGGUCAAGCAUACCAAUGUGUUUGUUGGUUAAUCAGCAUCUUAGUCUUCUAGCAAGAAAGUUUCCAGAAACUAAAUUUACGAAAGCCAUCGUGAAUAGCUGUAUUCAACACUACCAUGAUAAUUGUUUACCAACAAUUUUUGUUUAUAAAAACGGUCAGAUAGAAGGCAAAUUCAUUGGAAUUAUAGAAUGUGGAGGAAUAAAUCUCAAGCUAGAAGAACUUGAAUGGAAGUUAGCAGAAGUUGGAGCAAUACAGACUGAUUUGGAAGAAAACCCCAAAAAAGGCAUUAUAGAUGUGAUGGUAUCUUCAAUAAGAAACACUUCUAUUUAUGAUGACACUGAUAGUUCAAACAGUGAUGAUGACGAUACCAAAUAGAGGGAAAUAGUUAAUAAAUAGCUUU